GUUAUUCUGAGGCACGACGCUGAUAAAUAACAAUAAUAACACCACACAAUAACAUAAUCAUCACGAUAUAACUCAUAUUAUGAUGAUAAUAAUAACAAUUAACAAACUGUUAAAAUGAUUUUGUUCGUCAACCCUUUAAUUUCAAUAUAGUUGGACCGCGUGACCGGGUUACGAUGGGUGCUACGGUGGCAAACGAACCGAAAUCAGAAAUCUCCAAUUAUGUCAAGUUGAACAUCGGCGGGUCGUUGUUUUACACGACUGUGACAACGCUUUCAAAACUUGACUCGAAGCUACGCGAUAUGGUACUGUCGGAAGUUGCACAAAAUGCUGAAACAUUGGAAUCGGAAGGGUGGGUGUUUAUUGAUCGUUGUGGAAAACAUUUUGGCACCAUACUCAACUUCCUGCGAGAUGGUUCCGUACCAUUACCCGAAACAUGUGUGGAGAUAUCCGAGAUACUGGCUGAAACCAAAUUUUAUGGUAUUACGGAGCUGCACGAGGCAUGUGAACAGGCAUUGCAGAAGAAAAGAAACCGGAAUACGAAUAUAACAUGGGUUACGUUGAUAACGUCUCAGAAUGAAGCCCAAAAACUGAUAUCCGUAUCAUCAAAGCCGGUGGUGAAAUUUGCAAUUAAUCGUCACAACAACAAAUAUUCUUAUACAGGGGCAUCUGACGAUAAUCUGUUGAAAAACAUUGAGCUGUUUGAUAAACUGGCGGAAAAACAUAGAGAACGUGGUCUAUUCAUUAAAGAUGUUAUCGGAUCAAAUGAAAUUUGCUGUUGGACAUUUUAUGGUCCUGGAGGAGCAGUAAAAAAAGUUGCUGAAGUGUGUUGCACUUCAAUAGUGUAUGCUACGGAUAAAAAACACACAAAGGUGGAUUUUCCAGAGACACGUAUCUUGGAAGAGACCAUGAAUGUCAUGCUGUUGGACACACGAAUCAACAAGUCUGUACAGGAACAUGAACUGAUAGAAGCCACAUCAAGUUUAAAUGGUAAUUGUCGUUGCUCGUGUUUAAGUCAAUGGUCAGAUUUACAGUGGGAGAACAGUACAUCUAGCACAUUAGAACACAACUAAAAACUAUAAAGCACUAACUUGCAGUGGUAAACUGUUUUGUUACUGUUCACUUUUAAAUAAUUAAACAUGUGAUCAUUUAAUUUUUUUUUUAUCGAAAAAGUUUUAACUAAAAACAGUUCCCUUUAAUUUGUUGACCACUCUAACAAAUUUGAUGUAUAUUAUUUAUUAGUGUGAUCUUGUACAAGUUGUGUUUGUUAAAGGUUAUUAGCCUAAUGAUCUAGAUACCAAGACUCAAACAUAUUAUUUUUUUUAAUAGUUAAAUUCGUUGAUUAGGUAUUUUUAAAAAUUAAAUCUUAUAUUAUUUUCUUAAUUUUUAAACAACUAAAAAACUAUGAAAGUGUUA